CAUGCGCCGGGGGGUGGCAGUCUCCUCCAGCAAGAUGGCGGCCGGGGGGCGAGUCGGGCAGCCCCAGUAGGCGGUGUCGGCGGCAGGUAGAAGCGUGGCGGCGAGGGCAAAGGCCGGGCGAGAAGGGCCGAGAGCGGGUGAGGCGAGCGGCUCCUCCUCCUCGGCCUCCGUCCUGCUGGGGAAUGAGGGCUCGGGGUGGCGGGGCGAGAGGGAGCAGCCGCCCUCUCUCCCGCCACCGCCGGCGCCUCCUGUGAGGAAGGGAAGGAGCCCUCGCGCGCAGGCUUCGCCCGAGAGAGACCCGGAUGUGGGGGAAGGCCUCCUCCGCUUCGUCCCUUGGUGGGCCCAGUCCCGCAGCCGAGCAGGGCAGAUAUCACACUGCAUGGAGGCAGGGGAUAACUGAGUUUUCUUGGUCCUGGGGUAGCCCAGAAUGGCUGCAGUGUCAUAUGAUCAGUUGUUAAAACAAGUUGAGGCGUUAAAAAUGGAGAACACAAAUCUUCGACAAGAACUGGAAGAUAAUUCAAAUCAUCUUACAAAACUGGAAACUGAAGCAUCUAACAUGAAGGAGGUGCUGAAGCAGCUGCAAGGAAGCAUUGAAGAUGAGGCAAUGGCAUCUUCUGGUCAGAUAGAUUUACUGGAGCGUCUUAAAGAACUGAACUUGGACAGCAAUAACUUUCCUGGAGUGAAGUUAAGGCCAAAGAUAUCUAUGCGUUCAUAUGGAAGCAGGGAAGGAUCGGUCUCUAGUCGAUCAGGAGAAUGCAGUCCUGUUCCCAUGGGAUCAUAUCCCAGAAGAGGCUUUAUGAAUGGAAGCAGAGAGAGCACUGGUUAUUUAGAAGAAUUAGAGAAAGAGAGAUCUCUCUUGCUUGCUGAGCUUGAAAAGGAAGAAAAAGAAAAAGACUGGUAUUAUGCACAACUUCAGAAUCUAACUAAAAGGAUAGAUAGUCUUCCCCUUACUGAAAACUUCUCCUUGCAGACAGACAUGACUAGAAGACAACUGGAAUAUGAGGCAAGGCAGAUUAGAGCUGCCAUGGAAGAACAGCUUGGCACUUGCCAGGAUAUGGAGAAGAGGGCACAGGUGAGAGUGAGCAGAAUUCAACAAAUUGAGAAAGACAUUGUGCGUAUAAGACAGCUCCUGCAGUCCCAGGUUGCUGAAGCAGAGAGAGCACCUCCGAGCAAGCAUGAUGCAGGCUUGCAUGAAUCUGAGAGGCAAAAUGAAGGUCAAGGAGCAGCAGAAAUCAGCGUGGCAACGGCUGGCAGUAGCCAGGGUUCAACGGCUCGGAUGGACCAUGAGACAUCCAGUGUUAUGAGUUCUAAUAGUAGUUACUCUGUUCCUCGGAGACUGACAAGCCACCUGGGAACCAAGGUUGAAAUGGUGUAUUCAUUAUUAUCAAUGCUGGGUACUCAUGAUAAAGAUGACAUGUCAAGAACUUUGCUGGCCAUGUCCAGCUCCCAAGACAGCUGUAUAGCUAUGCGCCAGUCGGGAUGUCUUCCCCUCCUCAUCCAACUUCUACACGGCAAUGAUAAAGACUCAGUGCUGUUGGGAAACUCCCGGGGCAGUAAGGAGGCCCGGGCCAGAGCCAGUGCAGCACUCCAUAACAUCAUUCACUCCCAGCCUGAUGAUAAGCGAGGCCGGCGUGAAAUUCGUGUCCUCCAUCUUUUAGAACAAAUCCGAGCUUACUGUGAAACGUGUUGGGAGUGGCAGGAAGCACAUGAUCAAGGCAUGGACCAAGACAAAAAUCCAAUGCCAGCUCCAGUGGACCAUCAGAUCUGUCCUGCAGUAUGCGUUCUGAUGAAGCUUUCAUUUGAUGAAGAGCACAGGCAUGCAAUGAAUGAACUUGGGGGAUUGCAGGCCAUUGCAGAAUUGCUUCAGGUGGAUUGUGAAAUGUAUGGGCUUACAAAUGAUCACUAUAGUGUCACAUUAAGACGAUACGCUGGAAUGGCCCUAACAAAUUUAACCUUUGGAGAUGUAGCUAAUAAGGCUACAUUGUGUUCGAUGAAGGGUUGCAUGAGGGCUCUUGUAGCCCAGUUAAAAUCUGAAAGUGAAGAUCUGCAGCAGGUCAUUGCAAGUGUUUUGAGAAACUUAUCUUGGAGAGCAGAUGUGAACAGUAAGAAGACAUUACGUGAAGUUGGAAGUGUGAAAGCCUUGAUGGAGUGUGCUUUGGAAGUUAAAAAGGAAUCGACUCUAAAAAGUGUACUGAGUGCCUUAUGGAAUUUGUCAGCACAUUGCACUGAGAAUAAAGCUGAUAUCUGUGCUGUGGAUGGUGCUCUUGCCUUUUUAGUUGGCACACUCACUUACCGGAGUCAAACAAAUACUUUAGCCAUCAUUGAAAGUGGAGGAGGAAUAUUGCGUAAUGUCUCUAGCUUGAUUGCCACAAAUGAGGACCACAGGCAAAUUCUAAGAGAGAACAGUUGUUUGCAAACCCUGCUGCAUCACUUGAAGUCUCACAGUUUGACCAUAGUCAGCAAUGCAUGUGGAACGCUGUGGAACCUCUCUGCACGCAAUGCAAAGGACCAGGAAGCAUUGUGGGACAUGGGAGCAGUGAGCAUGCUCAAAAACCUUAUACACUCAAAGCACAAGAUGAUAGCCAUGGGCAGUGCUGCUGCUCUAAGAAACCUAAUGGCAAACAGACCUGCAAAAUACAAAGACGCUAAUAUCAUGUCCCCAGGCUCAAGUUUACCAUCCCUUCAUGUCAGAAAGCAAAAAGCACUUGAAGCAGAGCUAGAUGCUCAACAUUUAUCUGAGACUUUUGACAACAUUGAUAAUUUGAGUCCCAAAACAUCUCAUCGCAAUAAGCAAAGACAUAAACAGAAUCUGUACAGUGAAUAUGUGUUGGAUGGUAGCAGACAUGAUGACGGAGUUUGCAGAUCUGAAAAUUUUAAUACUAGUAAUGUGCUUUCACCAUAUUUAAACACAACGGUGUUGCCUGGCUCUUCCUCCUCAAGCAGAAGUAAUGCAGAGAGUUCUCGAUCUGAAAAGGACAGGAGUUUGGAUCGGGAGCGUGCUAUUGGAUUAAGCAGCUAUCAUUCAGCAACUGAAAGUUCUGGGAAUGCUUCGAAACGAAUAGGAAUGCAGAUCUCUACUGCUGCAGCUCAGAUUUCCAAAGUAAUGGAAGAAGUGACAAGCAUGCAUAUUCCACCAGAAGAGAGAAGCAAUGGAUCUGUAACUGAAAUGCACUGCUUGUCAGAAGACAGGAGUGCUUUAAGAAGGACAUCAGCUGCCCAUUCUCACACCAGUGCUUACAACUUUCCAAAAUCUGAGAACAGAACAUGCCCUGUACCUUAUGCAAAAGUGGAGUAUAAGAGAGCGUCUAAUGACAGUUUGAACAGUGUCAGUAGCAGUGAUGGAUAUGGCAAAAGAGGACAAAUGAAGCCUAUUGAAUCUUAUUCAGAAGAUGAAGAAAGUAAAUUUUGCAGUUAUGGGCAGUAUCCCGCAGACUUGGCCCAUAAAAUACACAGUGCGAAUCAUAUGGAUGACAAUGAUGGAGAACUAGAUACUCCAAUAAAUUAUAGUCUGAAAUACUCUGAUGAACAGUUGAAUUCUGGAAGGCAGAGCCCAUCACAGAAUGAAAGAUGGGCAAGACCCAAACACAUAAUAGAGGAAGAAAUAAAGCAGAGUGAGCAAAGGCAGUCUAGAAGUCAAAGUGGAGCAUAUCCUGUAUAUACUGAGGGUGGUGACAGUAAACAUAUGAGCUACCCGUCAGCUUUUGGGCAACCUGAGUGUGUGUCUCCUUUCAGAUCAAGAGAUUCCAGCACUUCGGAACAAAACAGAUCGGGCUGCAGCCACGGAAUAAAUCAAAAAGUGAACCAGUCUUUACGUCAAGUAGAUGAUUAUGAAGAUGAUAAGCCAACUAAUUAUAGUGAGCGUUACUCUGAGGAGGAGCAACAUGAAGAAGAUCAUCCAACCAAUUAUAGCAUAAAAUACAAUGAAGAGGAGGACCAUGUAGAUCAGCCUAUAGAUUACAGUCUCAAAUAUUCCACUGACGUUCCCUCUUCUACACAAAAGCCAUCUUUUUCUUUUUCAAAAAGUCCAUCUGUACAGAGUUCUAAAACAGAUCAUAUUUCAUCCAGCAGUGGAAAUACAUCAACCUCUGCUGGCUCAAAAAGACAUCAUCAGCUCCAUCCAAAUUCUGCUCAGGGAAGAACAGGUCACACUCAGAAACCUACAUCUAGCAAAGCACCCUCUAUUAACCAAGAAACAAUACAAACAUAUUGUGUUGAAGAUACGCCAAUAUGCUUUUCAAGAUGCAGUUCUUUGUCGUCUUUGUCAUCAGCUGAAGAUGAAACAGGACGUGAUCAAGCCACACGUGUAGCAGAUGCUGACAAUUCUUUGAAGGUAGGGAGAAUGAAAGAAAAUAGUGGGAAUCUGUCCGCAGCAGGUACAGUAAAUGAAGCCUCAUCGGCCACUCAGCACAUUAGAACAAAAUCAAAUAGACUUCAGGCUUCUAGUCUAUCUCCUUCUGAAUCAGCAAGACAUAAAACAGUUGAGUUUUCUUCAGGUGCCAAAUCUCCUUCAAAAAGUGGUGCUCAAACUCCCAAGAGCCCACCUGAACAUUAUGUGCAGGAGACACCACUCAUGUUUAGCAGGUGUACCUCUGUAAGUUCUUUGGACAGUUUUGAGAGCCGUUCAAUUGCUAGUUCAGUUCAGAGUGAGCCUUGCAGUGGGAUGGUAAGUGGUAUUAUAAGUCCAAGUGACCUUCCAGAUAGCCCUGGGCAAACGAUGCCACCAAGUAGAAGUAAAACCCCACCACCUCCACCAGUGACUCAAGUAAAGCGAGAAGCAGCCAAACCUAAAGCACCUAGUACUGAAAAAAGAGAAUCUGGACCAAGGCAAGCAGCUGUAAAUACAGCUGUUCAAAGAGUGCAGGUAUUGCAAGAUGCAGACACAUUAUUACAUUUUGCUACCGAAAGUACACCAGAUGGGUUUUCUUGUUCAUCAAGCCUAAGUGCUUUGAGUCUUGAUGAACCAUUUAUUCAGAAAGAUGUAGAGUUGAGAAUAAUGCCACCUGUUCAUGAAAAUGACCAUGGGAAUGAAGCAGAACUUGAACAAUCAAAUGAGACAAAGGACAAACAAGAAAAGAGUAUAGAAAAACCCACAGAAACUGAAAAAGAUAUAUUGGAUGAUUCUGAUGAAGAUGAUAUUGAAAUUUUAGAGGAAUGUAUUAUUUCUGCUAUGCCAACAAAGUCUUCUCGUAAAGCCAAAAAGCCCUCACAAACAACUGCUUCAAAGAUACCUCCACCUGUAGCCAGGAAACCAAGCCAGCUUCCUGUAUAUAAACUUCUCCCUUCUCAAAACAGGUUGCAUUCGCAAAAGCAUGUUAGUUUUACACCUGGAGAUGAUAUGCCACGAGUGUAUUGUGUUGAGGGCACCCCAAUAAAUUUUUCAACAGCAACAUCUCUAAGUGAUCUCACAAUAGAAUCGCCACCAAAUGAAUUAGCUGGUGCAGAGACAUCUGUAACAGGGGUGGAAUCAGCUGAAUUUGAAAAGAGAGAUACCAUCCCAACAGAAGGCCGAGAUACUGAUGAUGGUUACAGAGGGAAAAAUUCAACUGGGACUAUUGUGGGGUUGGAUGAUGACAAAGCAGAAGAAGGUGAUGAUAUCCUUGCAGAAUGUAUUAAUUCUGCUAUGCCAAAAGGGAAGAGUCACAAGCCUUUCAGAGUAAAAAAGAUAAUGGAUCAGAUCCAGCAAGCAUCUCCACCAUCAUCAAUAAGUAAUAAGAAUCAAUUGGAAGUUGAGAAAAAGAAACCAACAUCACCAGUAAAACCUAUGCCCCAAAGUAAUGAAUACAGAGCCCGUUUACGAAAAAACACAGAGCCAAAAAACAAUUUUAAUAGUGAGAGGACUUAUACAGAUAACAAAGAUACAAAGAAACAGAACCUUAAGAAUAACUCAAGAGAUUUUAAUGAUAAGCCUCCAAACAAUGAAGAACGUACAAGAGGAAGCUUUGCAUUUGAUUCUCCCCACCAUUAUACUCCAAUUGAGGGAACUCCAUAUUGUUUUUCACGAAAUGACUCCCUGAGUUCUCUAGAUUUUGAUGAUGAUGUAGAUCUUUCAAGGGAAAAGGCAGAACUGAGAAAAGGAAAAGAAAGUGAAAUUAAAUCCAAUUCCAAUACAGAACAAAUUUCAAGUCAGCAGUCAACUAAUAGAAUGCAGACUUGCCAAAAACAUACUCCAGCAGUGAGAAAUCAACUCAAGAGUCUGACUCAAAAGCAAACCUCUUUCUCUCAGACAUCUAAAGAUAUAGUAGAUAGAAUUGCAGCUACUGAUGAGAAAAUGCAAAAUUUUGCUAUAGAAAAUACUCCAGUUUGUUUCUCUCGUAAUUCUUCUCUGAGUUCUCUGAGUGAUAUUGAUCAAGAAAACAACAACAAUAAAGAAAGUGAACCUGUGGAACAAAUAGAACCAUCUGAGGCACAGAUAGAAUCAAAUCGGCCACAAGUUUCUGGCUAUGCUCCCAAGUCAUUUCAUGUUGAAGAUACUCCUGUAUGUUUUUCAAGAAACAGUUCCCUUAGUUCUCUUAGUAUUGACUCUGAAGAUGAUCUUUUGCAGGAAUGCAUUAGUUCUGCCAUGCCUAAAAAGAAAAGGCCUUCAAGAACAAAAGGAGACAGUGAAAAAAAUAGUUGCAGAAACAUGGGAGGCAUUUUGGCUGAAGACUUAACACUAGAUUUGAAAGAUAUACAAAGGCCUGAUUCAGAGCAUGGUUUCUCACCAGAUUCAGAGAACUUUGACUGGAAGGCUAUUCAGGAAGGUGCUAAUUCAAUAGUCAGCAGUUUACAUCAAGCUGCUGCCGCAGCAUCACUAUCAAGGCAAGCUUCAUCAGACUCAGAUUCAAUUCUUUCAUUAAAAUCUGGAAUUUCCUUAGGUUCACCUUUCCAUCUCACGCCAGACCAAGAAGACAAACCCUUUACUAGUAAUAAGGGUCCAAGAAUAAUUAAACCUGGAGAAAAGAGUACAUUAGAAACUAAGAAAGUAGAACCUGAAAAUAAAGGCAUCAAAGGGGGAAAGAAAAUUUAUAAAAGUUUGAUUACAGGCAAAGCUAGGUCUAAUUCAGAACUUACAAGUCACCUGAAGCAACCAUUGCAAACAAAUAUGCCUUCUAUUUCCAGGGGCAGAACAAUGAUUCAUAUUCCUGGAGUUCGAAAUAGUUCGUCAAGUACAAGUCCGGUUUCUAAAAAGGGGCCACAGCUGAAGAGUAUGGUUUCCAAAAGUCCCAAUGAAACACCGAGUUCUACUAGUUCUCCAAGAGUAAGCAAACCGUCUAUGAAAUCAGAGCCAAGCCCAAUAUCUAGACAGCUAUCCCAACCAGGUGGAUCAAAUAAAGGAACUUCGAGGUCCGGAUCUAGAGAUUCUACACCUUCUAGACCACAACAACAACCGUUAAGUAGACCUCUGCAGUCACCUGGUCGAAAUUCAAUUUCACCAGGCAGGAAUGGCAUAAGUCCCCCUAAUAAACUUUCCCAGCUACCAAGGACAUCAUCUCCAAGUACAGCGUCAACCAAGUCCUCAGGUUCAGGAAGAAUGGCAUAUACAUCACCUGGCAGACAAUUGAGCCAGCAGUCUAUAGCAAAGCAGACAGGACUGCCUAAAAGUACCAGUGGUAUUCCUAGAAGCGAAUCUGCCUCAAAGGGAUUAAACCAAAUGUCUAGUAUCAGUGGAUCAAGCAAAAAGUCUGAUGUAUCUAGAAUGUCUUCAGCAAAGUCAAGUGGGAGUGAAUCUGACAGAUCAGAGAGACCUGUUUUAGUACGUCAAUCAACUUUCAUUAAGGAAACUCCAAGCCCCACUCUAAGAAGGAAAUUAGAAGAGUCUGCUUCAUUUGAAUCUUUGUCUCCUUCUAGACCAGACUCUCCCACCCAGUCCCAAACACAGACCCCAGUUUUAAGUCCAUCACUUCCUGACAUGUCCUUAUCUACUCAUUCAGCCAUUCAAACGAGUGGCUGGCGAAAAUUGCCUCCUAGCCUGAGUCCUUCUUUAGAAUACAGCGAUGGUAGGCCAACAAAACGACAUGACAUAACUCGAUCUCAUUCUGAGAGCCCUUCCAGACUGCCAAUUAAUAGAUCAGGGACAUGGAAACGAGAGCACAGCAAACAUUCCUCAUCACUUCCUCGUGUGAGCACUUGGCGACGGACUGGAAGCUCCUCCUCAAUUCUUUCAGCUUCUUCAGAAUCUAGUGAAAAAGCAAAAAGCGAAGAUGAAAAGCAGUAUGUAAGUUCUUUUUCGGGACUCAAACAAGCUAAAGAGACGCAAGCACCUACAAAAGGUACUUGGAGAAAGAUAAAAGAAAAUGAAAUUCCUCAGAUAAUGACAAGUCCUCCCCAGAGUAGUUCAUCGGGUGCUGCUAAUGGUGCUGAUUCAAAAACUUUAAUUUAUCAGAUGGCACCUGCGGUCUCUAAGACAGAGGAUGUGUGGGUGAGGAUUGAGGACUGCCCUAUAAAUAACCCUAGAUCUGGAAAAUCUCCCACAGGAAAGACUCCUCCCAUUAUUGACAGUGUUUCAGAAAAAGGGAAUGUAAAUAGUAAAGAUUCUAAAGAUCUUCAUGGAAAACAAAAUGGAGGGAGUGGAAAUGUUCCGGUUCGCACCAUGGGUUUAGAACAUUUGAAUUCAUUUAUUCAAGCAGAUAGUCCGGACAAGCAAGGAACUGAAACAAAACCUGUGCUGACCAACCCUCCCCCUCCCCCAGAGACUAGUGAAAGUACUGUUAGUGAACGCACCCCCUUUAGUUCCACCAACUCAAGCAAACACAGCUCACCCAGCGGUGCAGUUGCAGCCAGAGUGACCCCUUUCAACUAUAAUCCAAGCCCUAGGAAAAGCAGUGUGGAUAAUAGUUCUGUCCGGCCAUCGCAGAUACCAACACCAGUAAACACCAGUACAAAAAAAAGAGAUUCAAAGACUGAAAAUGCAGAUUCAAAUGGUGCCCAGAGUCCCAAGCGCCAUUCUGGAUCCUAUCUGGUGACAUCUGUUUAACAAAUAAUUCUGAUGUGUUAUGCUAUAUGUUGAAAUUUUUAAUGAAAGUAUCCCUUUUCCUCCUUUUUUUGUAAAUAGGUUUGAUUCUUGUAGAGGGUCCUUGUUCUGGAAGCCAUAUUUGAUAUUCUUUAUUUUCACUUAUUAUAUUUGAGGGAUUCCCAAUUGAUAUUGAUAAUUUAGCAAUAAAAUUGCUAAAGUGAUAUUUGUACAGUAUGUUUUACAUAUAUUUAAUUGACAUCCCAUACCCUUUCUUUGUUUUGGUGGGGUGGGGGAAUUCAGGAAAGGCAAACACCAGAAAUUAAAAUAAAUCUAAUGCUUUUAUCAUUCAUUCCUAGAUUUGCAAAAUGAUUAAAGUGCAUCAGGGAGAAGAAAUUGGUAUUUAUGCAAAAUAAAUAGAUAAACAAAUAAAUAAAUGAUUACAUCUUAGUAUUUGUGAAGCCACCAAAUCACGUAAUUAAUCAUGUGGCUGUGAAAUUCACAGUAAUAUGGUUUCUGCUGAACAAGCCUGUUUUUUCUGCAUGAAUAGAACUGAUGGUUCAUUUUCUGAAAUGAUGAUUAACAAUUCUGUGGUCACAUAUUGUGUAUAGAUAGUUAUGGUGUAACGAUUACCUUUUGGUUUUGUGCUCUGGAAAAAGAAGAAAGGAAAUCUGUGUAUGUGCAAACCUUGAACAAAAUUAUUUUAUCAGGACUAGAUUUUAACCGACGGUAGGUAGGUUUUUUGCUAUGCUGUAACUUGUUGUAUAUUCUGGUAUUUGAGAUAAGAUGAUUGCUCUUUUAUUAAUGAGACAUGGGCAAGGUCUCAGCAGAACUAAAUGAACAUUUCAGAAUAAAUUAUUGCUGUAUGUACAAUUUGUUGUGUUGUUACUUUUGCAGUACAUAAGAAAUCAAUGUUUAAUUUUGAUAUUUUUGAGAAAUCCUCUUCAUAGAUAUACUAAUGCACUUACUCAAAAGGGCUUUGGGGAUAAUCUAUAUUCCAUUGAAGUCAAUAGAAAUAUUCAUAGAGAUUUUAAUGGCUCUGGAUUGCACCCACUGCCUGUUACAGUCACACACUGGUCCUCUUCCAGUUGAUAUUAGCUGUUAAUAUUCAGGCACAACAGCUGCAGCAUUAGGAUAGAGCAUGGGGGUUUCAGUUGAGAUUUCAAUUGGUUCUGAGUAGAGAGAGAGGCUAAGAGAAGUACUUCCAUAUGUAAAUAUCGAUGCCAAAAAGCAUAGCUUUCAUAUUGCACAGUCUGGAGUGCUAUUUGGUGUACAAAUAAUACCUUUACCGGGGGAAAAUCUGAGGGACAGUUGCGGUUGGAAGUUUGAGUAUUUUUUCAUAAGUUUUCUUUUAAUAAAUUGGAUAAUACACUUGAGACUAAUAUACUGAUUCAAGUGUCCUAGUAGAAGAAAAAACAAGAUUUGUACCUUAAGCUGCUCUGGAUAAACCAACUUUGUAUUUGCAUAUGCUUUGACUUUAGAGACCUUCAUUAGACUGUUUACAACAGAAGUACUCUGCUAAACUUAAGUGCCUCUAUACAAAAAUAGUUACCUGCGUGUGUGUGCACAUGGUUAAUUAAAACAGUAAUAAGCAAGUAAUAAGCAAGUGUUAUCUCAGGCUGGUUUUUCAUUAUGACAGUUAUACAUGUAAAUCAUUAGAUAGGAGGUUCAAGAUGUCUUCACAUAUGCCAGUUUAACUAAUAAUAAAGGCAGUGUUUCUUAUUUUGAGACACACUAGAGCAGUUGCUCUUAUCAAUUCUGUUUUUUCAAAGCAGUUGUUAAGCUUGAUGUUCAAACAGUUGAAGUGGCCUAUUUUGCUUAUCACACCUUGAUUUAGCUUUAUAUGGGGCAAGACAGAAAGAGCCUUUGCUUUAUGCACUUCUCCUGUGAAACUACAAGGGGGAGACUAGAAGUUUCUGUUUUUAGAUUAACCAGAGUUUGUGCCUAAACCAUAAAAAUGUAACAAGAAGCUGUCUUUAUAAACAUUGCCUUGAAAUUAACUAGUUGUUACUAAAGGGUUAAGACUUACCUGCAGUUUGGAUUCUGUUUUCAACUGCUUUGAUUAACCUAAAAUGGAAGCAAAAGAUAUUAAAGUCCUCAUAGUUACAAUGGAGCAGGUGAUAGUAACAUACACUUAGUGUUAAAUCGUGGCCUGACACUAUAUGCAAACACAGCUGUUCUGCCAUUGCUUUCUUACCAUUCAGCUUCCAAUUUUACUUUCCGAAACAAUACACAUCGUUGUCGAAGGCUUUCAUGGCCGGAAUCAUAUUUCAGAAGCAUUCUCUCCUGACAAUUCACCUGCAUCUAUGGCAGGCAUCCUCAGAGGUUCUGAGACCUCACAACCUCUGAAGAUGCCUGCCAUAGAUGCAGGCGAAACGUCAGGAGAGAAUGCUUCUGGAACAUGGCCACACAGGCCGAAAAACUCACAACAAAACACAUCAUAUAAAUGAGUUGGAAAUACCAGCUUGCUAGAACAGAGCUCCAUACAUAAGUCUUUCAAAACCCUAUUUCACCAACACAAUUAAGGGCGUGAAAACAAGUUAGCUUAAAUGCAAGGUGUCUUACAAUAAGUAUUAUGUUAAGAUAGAAAUGUUCCUGUUCAAUGAUCUCUGUUGUUUUUGCCUUUUAACCAGCCAUAUGUACUGACAUACCAUAUUGGUAGAAUGUCUUAGGUGGGCAUGAGCCCUGUCUAUCUGAUACACAGUCCUUGUGGAACAUUUUUAUGUUUAAAUGUACUUAAUGUACAGUAUCACAUAAGAGAUCGAUAAACAGGAAAAGUACUUGUUCAUCAGUGUGUUUCACUUCCAUUCUCUUCUCUCAGCUGUUGUUAAAAACAUCUGGAGCACAGCUGCAGGGUUGCAUGUGUUAUCAGCCACUGACUACCAAGCUUUUAAUGGUAACUUGAUGUCACUGAUGAUGUAAAAUUUGUACUUGCUGAUUACUGCUAUUUUUACUUGUACUGAAUUUAAUCACUCGUAUGCACCGCACAGUAUGGGCAAAACCAAGUCAACAGCUUUUCAUCAGGGUGGGAGAUAUCCACUGACUUUUCUCCUUCCUUCCACUGCUCUGGUAAUGAGAAUUGUGUUCAUCGUGUUAAUUUUCUCUUUGAUUACUUGUGAAUUAUGUACAAACUGAGAUUUUGUUUUCUUUUGUAAAUUAAUUAUGUCAAAUUGAAAUAAACUAAUGACAGCUCUAUGUUCAUGUAAAACAAAGAAAAUUGCCCAGGAAAACGAGAAAUGUAUACAUUGUAAUGUUUUCUUUCCAUCCUUUUUUACAAGAAGCAUACCUUUUAGUUCCAAUGUAUGUGGCAUAUGGAUAUAUUUAUUUGAAGGCUGUUACCAUAUCUGUAUUUCAAGCCUAUCAUUGCCCAUACUCUACCUUUUUAAAAGUAUUAACUGAAUUGUGAUAUUCAACUUGUGUGAAUUAAAUAAUUUAUUGUUCAAAGUCAUGUACUUUAUCUUUUAUAAUAUGUUUUUUCAAAACCUGUAAGCUGCCCAUUUCAGCUCUUUAUGUACCGACAAUGUAAAAACUCAGUAUUCUGAAUUUUUUAAAUCUCUCUGAUAGAUCAUCCAUAAUUUCAGAGAUAUGAGGCCAUCAUUUUGAAACUAGUGACACUGACUAUUAAUAUGUUCCAGAAACUUAACAUGUUUCUUUGUAUAUUUCUAAUGUGUAAAAGCAAACAAAAAAAUUAAAAUUUGAAAUCUUG